AUGGCUGUGAUUGAUGCAAUUACGACCCAUAAGACGGCCACUAUCCGCAAUUACAACACUCAACCACGAUUAAUUUACAAAACCGUCGUUGGUGUGAACGGACCUCUGGUAAUUCUGAACGAAGUGAAAUUUCCGCAGUACAACGAAAUCGUUCACAUUACCCUACCAGAUGGAACCCAACGAAGUGGGCAAGUGCUGGAAAUUACCAGAAACAAAGCCGUCGUUCAGGUCUUCGAAGGAACUUCGGGAAUUGACGCGAAAAACACCAUUUGUGAAUUUACUGGUGAUAUUUUGCGUACACCUGUGUCUGAAGAUAUGCUUGGACGCAUCUUCAACGGAUCUGGCAAACCAAUCGACAGAGAUUUCCUGGACAUCAAUGGUCAACCCAUAAAUCCAUGGUCACGUAUUUAUCCUGAAGAAAUGAUCCAAACUGGAAUCUCCGCCAUCGACGUCAUGAACUCCAUUGCCCGUGGGCAGGUACUGCAUAGCGCAUGA